GCAGAACCAGGGGAGGAAGAGGAGGAGAACGAGGAUGAGGAUGAAGGAAAGGAGGAGCUGGAGGGGGAUGGGAACCCCCCAGAGACCCCCCCGGAGCCACCGCCAAGAGCCCGAGUGGGGUUGGUCUACGACCCCCGCAUGGAGGAGCACAGGAACACCUGGGACAGCCAGCACCCCGAGUGCCCGCAGCGCCUGUCGCGGGUUCUGCAGCGCCUGCAGGAGCUGGGGCUGGCCCAGCGCUGCCUCCCGCUGCCCUCCCGGCCCGCGAGCCCCCGGCAGCUCCACGCCUGCCACACCCGUGCCCACGUGCGGACGCUGUCCCGGACGCCGUCGCUGUCCCCGCGGGAGCUGCGGGCGCUGUCCCAGCGCUACAACAGCGUCUACCUGUGCCCCCAGUCCUACACCUGUGCCCGCCUGGCCGCGGGCGGGGCCUGCGCCGCCGUGGGGGCCGUGCUGCGGGGCCAGGUGCGCUCGGCACUGGCCGUGCUGCGUCCCCCCGGCCACCACGCCCGCCCGGGCUCUGCCGGGGGCUUCUGCCUCUUCAACAACGUGGGGGUGGCCGUGCGCCACGCCCAGCGCCUGGCAGGGACCCCCCUCAGGGUGCUGAUCCUCGACUGGGACGUUCACCACGGCAACGGCACCCAGGAGAUCUUCGAAGAGGACCCCAGUGUCCUGUACAUGUCCCUGCACCGCCAUGACGGCUCCUUCUUCCCGGGGGGGGCCGGGGGGUCCCCGAGGCGCCGGGGGAGGGGUCCUGGCACCGGCUUCACCCUGAACGUUGGCUGGGGGGGGCCCCGCGUGGGGGACCCCGAGUACCUGGUGGCCCUGACCCGCCUGGUGCUGCCGGUGGCCUGCCAGUUUGGGCCAGAGCUGGUGCUGGUGUCGGCCGGGUUCGACGCGGGCCGGGGGGACCCCCUGGGGGGGUGCCUGGUGUCCCCCCAGACCUUCGGCCUCAUGACCCAUCUGCUGGGGGGGCUGGCGGGGGGACGGCUCGUGCUUGUGCUUGAGGGCGGGUACAACCUGGCAGUGACGGCAGAGGGGGUGGGGCAGUGCCUGGGGGUCCUGCUUGGGGACCCCCCCACACUGCCCCCCCCCGGGACCCCCCAGCCAGUGGCGCUGAGGGCCCUGAGCCGCACCCUGCGAGCACAGCGGGGCUCCUGGAGCUGCCUGCAGCUGCCUCGUGUUGAGCCCCCCAAGGAGGGGCACGGCAGCGAUGAUGUCACAUCCACCGCCGAUGACGUCACGGGCUCGCCCCCCCUGGACGCCGCCAUUCGCCGCUUGGGGGCGCUGCAGCUCGGGGACGCGCCGGGGGGCGGGGCCAAAGCGGGAUCGGGGGCGGAGCCUCCGCUGGGCCACGCCCCCGCGGCCGCUGCCGCCCCCUGCUGGGAGGAGGAGGAAGAGCUGGAGGAGGGAGCGCUGUACGCCGUGACGCCCCUCCUGGACUGUCCCCACCUGGGGGCCGUGGCCCCCCCUCCGGCCGAGGGGGCUCUCGGGGACAUCCUGCCCCCCCCCUGCGGGGUCUGCGGGAGCCGCCGCGAGAAUUGGCUGUGCCUGAGCUGCCACCAGGUGCUGUGUGGGCGCUACAUCGGGGGGCACAUGCUGGAACACGGGGGGGCCUCGGGGCACCCCCUGGUGCUGAGCCUGCGGGACCUGGCGGCCUGGUGCUACCCCUGCGGGGGCUACGUCACCCACCCGGUGCUGCUCCCCACCAAGACCUUCAUCUACCACCUCAAAUUCGGCACUGACCCCCCCACCGCCUCCUUCUGAGCCCCUCCCCCACCCCAGGACCCCUCCACCCCUCCCCCCACUCUUAAAGG